AUGUCAGUCAAAAAAGAGAAUGAUAAUAUAAUGGAUAUUGAAAACUCAGAAUUUAUUGUACCAAGAGUAAUUGAAAGUACAUCAUUUUUAAAGGAAAGAAUUAAUCUAUUGGCUGAUAUUUAUGAUGCGAUUGGAAGUAAAGUUCCGAGUGAUGUUAAACCUUCAAUGCCAAGAACUUUAUUACAAAGAUUACCAAGGCAUAUGAGAAGAAGAGCUAUGAGUCAUAAUAUUAAAAGAUUACCUGUAGCAAUGAGAAAAUUUGGAAAAAAUCAUUUAUCUAAAAGUAAACAUAGAAAAAAGGCUCCAAGUAGAUAUUGGAGAAGGAGACCAAUUAAUUUAUAUAAAAAUUAUAUUCAAAGACAACGUUUAUAUAGAUGGUUAGAAACACAUAUUUGGCAUGCUAAAAGAUUUCGUAUGAAAGCAAUUUGGGGUUUUAAAAUACCUGAUAAAUCUUUUCAAAGAUCUCAUCGUCCCAUAUAUCGUUCUUCUAAAAUUCAUUCAACAGUAAUAGAUAUAAGUUACUUAAAAUGUAUCCAAAUCAUAGGUGAUUCUCAGGAGAGUAUUAUUGAUAAAAUGAACUUAUGUUGUGGUGUUGGAAAGUUACCAUCUUUUUCAUUUAAACCUGCAAAAAAUGGAUUGUUUGAAAAAACAAUAAUGUUUUAUACUAAAAAUAAAUAUCCUUUUGGAUUUAUUGGACCAAUAAGAUUUUUAUGGGCUGAAGAUGAAUCAGAGACAAAAUCAUUAAUUCUUUGGAUUCAUCCAUCAAUAUUUGAAAAAGUUAUGGAUAAUUUAAAAAAUAUUUUUUCUUUAUCACCUCAACCACACAUUGUUAAGGAUAAAAAACCAAUAACAAUCAAUGAUUAUAAAUCUCUUAAUAAAAACACAAUUAUUGAAAGAUAUAAUGGGGAUGGUGUUGUUGUUAAUGAUAUAUCUGAUGAGGUAAAUCGUUUUAGAUUGUGUGGUCCAAAGGCAUUACAUAUACUUUUACGUACUUUUAAAAUUACCUCAGUUAAUGGAAAUAUUUUAAGUUUUUUGUCGGAUUCAAGUAGCUCAGGAAAUUGCCAACCAAAUCGUAUUUUUUCUUUAACAGUAACACGACCAAAUAUGAUUAAAAGAAAAGGAUUAUUAUCAAAUUUAGAAUCUUUAACAAAUAUAUCAAUUAAUGAUAAAGAAAUAUUUCAAUUUCAUGAGUUUGGAAUUGAUGAAGAAAAAUAUAUCAAUAAGUAUGGAGAAAAUGGUCUAAAGAUUUAUUUAGUAAACCGGAAGGCACAGAAAAAUGGUACUUUAUCAGUUUAUGAUGGUUUUGACAUAAUAAUUCCAAAGAUAUUUGCAAGGGAAUUUUGGCAAAAUAUUCAAUUAUCAAGUGGACAUGUCUCUGGUUUACAUAGUAUGAAACAUCUGGUAUAUGAAAGUUCUCAAUUUAAUUUUCCUUUUGAUGUUCCGGAUUCUGUUAUAAGUAAAGUUGAAGAAUUAAAUGAAACAGUGGAACUUAAAACUAUCUAUGAAAAAAGACCUUGGAAUAGAAGAAAACAAUAUUGGAGAACUUUUAAAAUAAUGUUUCCUUUUUCUUUUGAGUGGCAUCGUUUGUUAUUUGAAUGGAAUAAAGAAAAAUUAAAUAUUAAUGAAAUGGAAGAAGAUAUUUUUGUUAUUAGAGAUAGAAUGACAUUAAAAAUAAUUGAUUGUUAUGUGAAAAAUAAAUUAACAUCAUUACCAGAUGAACUAAUAACUACUAAUCGAAUGGGUCUUGUUCCUGUUUCUAUUAUACCAAAUUCUCGUGGUAUCCCAAAAAGAUAUGCCAUAAUAUGUAAUAGUUAUGAUGAAGAAACAGGAAAAAAUGAUGUUAUAUCAAUGAAGGAAGUUAUAAAUAAUGAUAAAAAAAAUAAUAAAGAUGAUUUAAAAGAGAUAUGUGAAGAUGAAUUUGUUUGGAAACCAAUUAGUUUAUUAAAAAUGUUUCCUUCAGAAUGGAAUAAUAAGAAGGGAAAAGAAAUGUCGAGAAAAAAAUUAAAAAAGGAUAAGAUAAAAAAUAGAUUAGAAAGACAACAAAAACGUUUGGCUAUUGAAAAGAAAGAAUGUGAAGAAAGGGCUUCUCUUACUUAUAUUAAAUCUUCUCCACCAUAUCAAAUAAUUGGAAGGGUAGUCUCUGGUUCUUAUUCUUUUUCAAAAUCACAUGGUCACGCCUUAGGGUACAUUUCAUUAUUAUCUCUCUCUCAACAAUUAACUCGAGAUAAAAUAUUAUUUAGAAAUAUAAAUUCCUUCAAUUAUUUUAAAGCAACAAUUUCAGUAAUUUCAGAUGAAAGCCUUGAACUUUAA